GCCAUAUAAAAGUACAAAAGCAAUCACCAGGUGUAAUAAAGGUGUUCCGAAUGAGUAGCUGUCCUUUGUUUUCCCUCACAAGCCGUAUAAAAGUACAAAAGCAAUCACUGGGUGUAAUCAAGGUAUUCCGAAUGAGUAGCUGUCCUUUAUUUUCCCUCACAAGCCAUAUAAAAGUACAAAAGCAAUCACUGGGUGUAUUCAAGGUGUUCCGAAUGAGUAGCUGUCCUUUAUUUUCCCUCACAAGCCGUAUAAAAGUACAAAAGCAAUCACCGGGUGUAUUCAAGGUGUUCCGAAUGAGUAGCUGUCCUUUAUUUUCCCUCACAUGCCGUAUAAAAGUACAAAAGCAAUCACUGGGUGUAACCAAGGUGCUCCGAAUGAGUAGCUGUGCUUUAUUUUCCCUCAGGAUAGCCAUGCGUAUUGUUGUAUUGCUGUCCUCCUCCUGGCUGUAAGAUUACCAGAGUAAGAGUACCAGGCUCUUUUCCUCUACCACAAAGAGCCUGCGGAUGUGGCUAUCGUAUACACAUGUCUUUCUACUCACUCUGUGCAGGUCACCAUCGCAGUCAGUGGUGUGGAUGUAAUACACAUGGCAGACAUUAGGACAAGAACGACAUUGUUUUCUACUGUAAUUGGUGAGUGACACAG